AUGGGAGACGUACCUUCACGAAAGAGAUCACGCUCGUCAGAGCGCUCCGUCUCACCACCGCCAGUAAAGCGAAAUCAACCGUCCUCUACCACCAACAAGGCAGUGGCAAACUUCUUUACCCCAGCAUCACAAAAGCCAAAGACGUCGGAGAGCGUCUCUUGGACGGUCAUAAAGGAGAGCCUGUUAAUCGGACGCUAUCAAGAUCCCUCGCAUGUCGCGGAGCCCGACGCGCAGCCCCGCAAGAUAGCUAUUUUUGACUUCGACUCGACCCUCAUUACAUCCGCAUCAGGCAAAAGGUUUGCGCGCGACGCUUCGGACUGGAAGUGGUGGCAUGCCAGUGUUGCCACCAGCCUUCACAAGCUCCAUCAAGACGGCUAUCUUAUCGCCAUUGUCAGCAACCAGGCGGGCAUAAGCCUCAAAACCAACAGCAAAUCACUAAAGACCGAGUUGAAACGACUAGCGGACUUCAAAGCAAAAGUGACGACGGUUUUGACGCAGCUCGAUCUUCCCGUGGCCAUAUAUGCAGCCACGGCCAAGGAUGAAUACCGCAAACCACGCACGGGCAUGUGGCGCCAGCUGCUCGAGGACCACUCUCUCAGCGCGCCUGGGGCUGUGAACAUGGAACGAUCCUUCUUCGUCGGGGACGCAGGAGGACGGCCAGCAAGCGCCAGCAGCGGCGCCCCUAAGGAUUUCUCGUGCUCGGAUAGGGACUUCGCUGCCAACGUCGGUAUCAAGUACAUGACACCAGAGGAGUACUUCCUCGAAGAAGAAGCAUCGCCGUUCAUCAGGGACUUCGACCCGGCCAGGUACAUGAAGGAAGUUGCAGGAGCCGCAACCAACGCAGUUCCGCUGGUGUUCACCAAGAAGAAUCCCGUGGACAUUGUACUCUUUUGCGGCAGCCCGGGUGCCGGCAAGUCGACAUUUUACUGGCGUCACCUGAAGCCCCUUGGCUACGAGCGCAUCAACCAGGACACACUGAAGACGCGUGACAGGUGUCUGAAGGCUGCCACUGAUAGCCUUGCAGAGGGAGACUCUAUAGUCGUAGACAACACCAAUGCCGAUCCCGAGACCCGCGCGCACUGGAUCAAGCUGGCCAAGAAGCACGACGUGCCCAUCCGCUGCGUGCUGUUCACAGCCUCGCCAAAAGUCUGCGAGCACAAUGACGCCGUCCGCGCUCUCAGCGGCGAGAUGAAUCCCGAGUCCCGGAUCAUGCUUCCGAAGAUUGCCUUUACGUCGUUCACAUCGCGAUUCCGUGAGCCCAGCCUCAAGGAAGGCUUCCAAGACAUCACGAAAGUAGACUUUACGUUCGAAGGAUCAGAGCAGGAACGCGCCAUCUGGACCAAAUUCUGGGUUUGA